CCUAUGCCGGCACGGAACUCGGAAGAGCAUCGUGCUCUCAGUGGUAUUCGCUUGCGAGCCGCCGUUGGAAGCGGAUCGCGAAUUUGCGAACGCUCGUCUGUACUUUGCACGCCGCGAAUUAUUUAUCAAAACGAAUAUUUUUAUCGUUUGAUUUUAUUUUCGCUCAGUACUAAUACAACACGAUCGAUUUAGCAAGAAAAGACAAAGAUUUUUUUUCUCACUUGAAUAUCCGUUUGAUAUAGGUAGAUAUUCGAUCUUUUUCUGAUCUCUUUUAUUUUUUCCUUUUCUUUUUUUUUUUCUUCAAUCGUCGACACGUCAAGUUUGACUGAUAAAUCGUUAAAGAAAGGAAGAGAGAUCAAGUGGAAAGAGAAUAGUUAGAAAUUAUUACGUGGAAAUCAAAAGGAAAAUAGGAGAGAAUUUUUAUAAGAGAAAAAGGAAAAGAUAAGUCAAAGAUUUUGAGAAAAGGCAAAAAAAAAAAAGAAAAAACGUUGACUGGUUGACCGGUAGAGCGCGGAACGGUGUACCGGACGGCUCGCGAUAAAAUUCACGGUGGAAAGUGCUACACGCUCCGAUUCACCGUGCGUUAUCCGAAGAAACAGAGGCAGAGGAAGGAAGGAAAGAAGAAAGAAAGAAAGAAAGGACGAAAGGAAGGAAGAGAGGAGAGGGAGGGAGUCACGCUCGUCGAAGAGAGACUUGUCUAGUCGCGAGAUUAAGUCAAAGAACAGAACCGAUCUUUUUCCAGACGACUUCAAAGUUGCGAUAGAGCUCGUGGAUCGAAUCUCUCGCGAAAAAGCUCGCGUUCGAUGCACCUCAUUUCAGUUUGCUUAUCUCGCUCGAGGACGGCUACUUUUGUUUCCGUCUUGGAACUUUUCGGAGGACGUUCCGACUUGCAUUCGUCCUACGACGACAUCUAAUUUCUUCAAAUUUAAAAGAAGAACUUAAGUUCUUGAUACAUCGUAUUUCCAAUCAUUUCGAGAAUCAUCACCGUCAAGAUGAUUAUUGGAUUCGUUCUGACAUUCUUGAUGUUCGCCAGCGGUAUUUAUUGUCAAAACAAUAGCUUGAUCUCAAGCGAGGUCCUUCAGGAUUACGAUCCGCAAUUCAUGGUUGGCUGUUACUUUCCUGCGGAAUACCAGGGUGAAUUCGUGACGCAGGUGAGCGGGAAGGACGCCAUUGGCACAACGAACGAGCCCAUUCAAUACUCAGCCAUUAACAUCACUUACAAUGCUAUCCCGGUCUGGGGUUAUUGCCGUAGAAGAGUCGGUGAAAAUGUUCUUUUAAUGGACAGGUACGGGGACGGCGAUUGUAUUCGUUGCUUUCGGCUAAAGCGAAGAUCUCGCAACGUUAUCGAGGUAUUCUCGGAAGAUCUUAACAGGUGUUACACUUACGAAGCAGCCGCCAUAGCAUCGUGCGAAACUCUGAACUCAACGUCCAUUCUUUACCGUACGAAGGAAGUUGGUGGUGCAUCGAUUAGAAACGAAUACUGCCCUAUCGUAGGUGGAUAUCAUUUCAAGUACAGCGUUAACGAUGGAUCAUCGGUGUCAACCGAAUGCAAUUCCUUCUUAUCGGAUCUUCAUAACUGUCCUGACGGAUCGGUUUUGCAUUUAAAGUUCAAUCGUUGCACCUUCGAAUCACGCGAAUUCAGCUUCAACUGUCUGGGUAGCUGGCCUGGUGGCCCGUAUGGCUCAACGUAUAUAGCCUUGAUGGACAAUGAUGCGGUUAAAGAAAAUCGUCCUCAGUAUCGUUGUGGCUUGUUCCACGUUGAUAACAAAAAAGGAAGAACGUAUAUGGCCUUCAGUAGCGAUUCUAGCUGCACACAAAAUUUAGACAAUUCUACGAGCGGAUACGAGACAUUUGUUCUAAGCAAAACUGCUAAUCAAAAGGCGAUACCAAAUUAUGUGAAAACCCAUGUAGCAACGUUUCCAAAGUGGGCACAGGGUUUGUGGGAAGAGUCCCUCAUAGUAAAUGGUACUAUGACUUUCACCGAUCUCAACGGAUAUAACAGUUACACUUUCGUUACGGUAGAAUCAAACGAUGAAACUGGACGUUACGUAGUCUAUUCAAAGGAUCAUUGCGAGAACGAAGCUUACGUAUGCUUGAUGAUGAGACAACGUAGUGAAAACGUAUUAGAAUUCACGAUAGGAAUGGUAAUGAGUCCAGUUUAUCAGAGUUAUUUGUGCGAUGAUUCGAACUUUGACAAACCAGUGUGGAUGACUCAAGCACGUAUUGAGCGAAUAGUAGAAUCACCUUGUCCAAUAACAGGACAAUAUACGGGAAGGAUAACCGACUUAUCGGGCAUGUGUGCAGAGUUGAGUAGCAAUUGCAACACUCGAGAGAUAAUGUAUUAUAAAGUUUAUGACUGUGAGUCCGAGGAACUCUAUGAAGAACGAACGUAUCUGUGCUUAGGACAGUGGGAAGAGAAAGGUGUAAUGUACACCUACACAAUGAGAAACGAUACUGGUACAAAGGAAUGUUUUGUUGGCUUGAUCGUUAAUGACGAAGAAAUAUAUAUUAAGGAAGCAGGUGAUCAUUGCAUUAGAGAUAUAGAUCCUAAGGAGCAAGGAAUGAGAUUGUACAAAAAAGGACAAUGUUAUGGAAAUUCUCCUAGUCCUGCACCAACGCCAAUGAAACCGAUUCCACGCAAUCCCAUAUUAAGUACAACUCCACGAUCUAGAUUUCCGGGUGGAACUACGAGAAGACCAGGAGGAAGCAUUACGUCUUCCACAUCAUCGAAAAAUUUCCAAAGUUAUGAUUUUGUUUUUGUGAUGGUACUUGCCGUUUUUCUUAGAAUAUUUAAUUGCACAUAGUGGAUGAACAAUACUUUCAUUUUAGGAGUGAAUAACAACGACGUAAUUAGAUAACGAAACUCUAUAUUUACAUAGGCUCGAUGAACGUUUUAUUCUCGACUAAUUAAAUAAGGGAUCGUUUGUAAGUAGAGAAUUGCAAUAUUUAAUAUGAAACGCUAUAUAUAUAUAUAUAUAUAUGACGUAUUAUCGUAAAAAGUGUAGAAAGUUUACAGUGCAUUUUUUUGUGUUAAACUAACAUAUACUUUACUUACGAGACACGAACAAGAAAAAACGUAACAAAAUCAAAAUGCACCAUAAAAUCUUCACAAUCUUUGCUAAAAGUUAAAAAAAUGUAUAGUAACUCGAACAAUGAUAAUGAAAUUUUAUACG